AUAUACCAACAAACGCGGUUUCAUAGACUUUCAAGGUUCAUGCAAAUACAGCUGUGACUGAUCUCGCUCUUACUAUAAUGUAAGAAAAAGGAACCAUUUUUAUGAUGUCUUUUAGAUCUUACACCAUUAAAAUAUACCAAAUUUGAUUUGCAUCUAUCCAAACUGACCUAUCACACCAUCUUUAGAGUAACCCAGAUCCUAAAUUUGUCAUCAAAGACAGUUUUCUGUUUUUUUGGAGCCUGAAAUUUUCAGUUUUCUGUAGAAAUUUCAGUGCACUGGUAAUGCUCCUUGUCUGGUGUUCCUCUGUGAAGUUUCUUGGAGUAUAUUUAAGACAAACUUGGUGAUUUUUCCAGUUUUUCUAUAAAUGGAAAAUUCAAGAGGCAGGAAAGCAGAGAAAAGGGGUUAUGAGCAAAGUGUUGAAGAUGAAGGUCAUCACUUGCCUGAUUCAAAGAAGGCGAAAAUGCCGGCUUUAGCAAGUGUUAUUGUGGAAGCUUUGAAGCUGGACAGUUUGCAAAGACUUUGCUCAUCUUUGGAGCCUCUACUUCGCAGAAUUGUUAGUGAAGAAGUCGAGCUUGCUUUAACAAGAAUGGGACAUGCUAAAUUAGCUGCAAGGUCCCCACCAAAUAUAGAAGGGCCAGAAGGAAGAAAUCUACAGCUUCAUUUCAGAACAAGGAUGCCUCCUCACCUAUUCACAUGCGGGAAGGUUGAGGGGGAACAAGGUGCAGCUAUCCAUGUUGUCCUGCUGGAUGCUAGCACAGGAUGUGUCGUGCAAACUGGACCAGAAUCAGGUGCCAAACUAAAUGUUGUGGUUCUUGAAGGUGACUUCAAUGAGGAGGCUGAUGAAGAUUGGACAGCAGAACAUUUUGAAGGCUACAAAGUAAAAGAGCGUGAAGGGAAAAGGCCUCUUCUGACUGGGGAUCUGCAAGUGACUCUAGAGGAAGGGGUAGGAACUCUUGGAGAACUUUCUUUUACUGAUAAUUCUAGCUGGAUAAGGAGCAGAAAGUUCAGGCUUGGUGUUAAGGUUGCUUCUGGUUAUUGUGAAGGUAUACAUGUUCGUGAGGCUAAAACAGAGGCGUUUGCUGUUAAAGAUCACCGGGGAGAAUUAUACAAGAAACACUAUCCACCUGCUUUACAUGAUGAAAUCUGGAGAUUGGAUAGAAUUGCAAAGGAUGGAGCUCUGCACAAAAAACUGGUGAAGGCUCAAAUUGUAACAGUUGAAGACUUUCUUAGGCUUCUUGUCCGAGAUGCACAGAAAUUGAGAAAUAUACUUGGAAGUGGAAUGUCCAAUAGAAUGUGGGAGAAUACUGUGGAGCAUGCUAAGACCUGUGUCUUGGGGGAGAAGCUUUACAUUUACUACUCAAAUGCAACUCAUAGGGCUGGUGUUGUUUUCAACCAUAUUUAUGAACUCCAAGGCCUUAUUACUGAUGGGCAGUUUCUCCCUUUGGAAUCACUUCACCAUAAUCAAAAAAUAUCAGUAGAUACUUUGGUCAGGCGAGCAUAUGAAAAUUGGCAUCAAGUUAUAGAAUAUGAUGGCAAAGUCCUGAACACACUAACUACCACUAGGAAUGGAAAGAGAACCUCAGUUGCACCCUUAGUUGACAACCAUGACACAACUCACUACAUCACUUCUAACAACAGGCAGCAGCAAUACAUAUCAUCCGAACAACGUUCACAAAUCCAAUCUGUAAAUAACCACACAACAAUUCCUCAGUUGAUUGAAUUCCCACUUGUAAGCUCUGAUCAAAAUGCAGUCAUGACACUAAAUAAUCAACAAGCAGCUUUAGCUAGUGGUGGCAUAGAUCAUGUUUCACUUGGAACUCCUGGAGGUGGUGCUUGUUUUGCAGGAGACUGGUGUCGACCGAGAAACGGGCAGGGAUUGGAAGACUUUUUUGCUGAGGAAAUCCGGGUCAGGAGUUCAGAGAUGUUGGAGAGUAAUGACAUGCAGAGACUUCUGAAAACGUUCAGUGUGGGUGUUGGAGUUGGGAUUGGAAAUGGUUUAGGUCAUCCUGAUGAGGCUUGUUAUUCUUAUAGUAUUCAAGCAUAUGAGCCUCAGAUGGAUCAAGCAUACACACGGGACCACGGCAGGGGCUCAGGGAAGGCUGUUGUGGGAUGGCUUAAGCUGAAAGCUGCUUUGCGCUGGGGGAUAUUUACAAGGAAGAGAGCUGCAGAGAGGAGAGCUCAGCUAGCUGAGCUUGAUUGAGUUGAGUGUAAUAUGAAUCUAAUUGUUAACUUAAGUGUUAACUUUACUGAGAUUGUACGUUUCUAGAUUCAUUUGAAUUCCCUAAUGAUCCUAUGAUUUUUGAGAAGAUAUGGAUGAAUAUUUGAAUAUUUUGCAUUUUAA